CGGCGAGUGUAUCAUUAUGAGCGUGAUAGCCCCACCUUCGUCCACUCCGGCAUCUGGGAGCUUACCGGAGCUCACACGCAGACUGCAAGACGAGCGCGAUGCUUUACGCGUAGAGGUGGAUCAACUGACGCGUCGACUAGCGCAGGAACGCACUGCUCGAUCUACACUGGAGAACGAGGCGCAAUUGCGAGAGCUGGAGUUGCGCCACAUGCAGCAACACAGCACCCAGGCAGCGCAGCAGGCUCGGGACAAGCAAAUAGCGUUGGAAAAGGAGCUGGAGGACGAGGUGGCCAUGCACAAGAUGGCGGUGCUGGGCAGGAACACCGCCACGCAGAAAAACACGACUCUGGCGGCCGAGCUCAAGGCUAUGGAAGGCAAGUGGAAGAAAGAGCUGGAGAAGAAGGAAAUCGCGAUGGCGGAGGCUGAGUUAGCUGCUGACGAGAUUCAGAAACUCAAAGCAGAUAGAAAUCAGCUCGUGCAACGCACUGAGAGCGACGCGAAACGGGUCCGAGAACUGUGGCAGCAGAUCGCACGAGAACAUGAAGUCAAGGUAAAUGCUCUCAUCCAGGAACUACAGAAUGCCCGACAAAUGUUGAAGGAUAUAGAGGUUACAGUGACUGAGUGUCGCCGGAAGAUUGGAAACAUGGAGGAAACGCUGCAGAAGACGAGGGAAGAGAAGGCGGCGCUACAGGAACAACUCGCCGCUGCGAUGAGUGAAAGAUCGCGUUCUUUAGAGCAGCAGGAGUUAGACCGCCUCAAGGAGAAGAGCUGGGGCAAUGAACAGCAUCGUGCAGCACUAGAAUUGCAGCAAGCAACAAAUGAGUGCAAACUACACGCACGACGAGAAGCAGCAGCAGUAAAAGAACGGGACGCAGCGGUGCAAGCAGCACGUACAGUCCAGGGAGAGCUGGAAGAGAGAACCGAGGAAUUGUUGGCUCUCAAGACCGAGUUCGCCAAUCUUUUGGAUAAACACGAGCUGCUGGCCACGCAGUCCAAGCAAUCAGCUCGUGAACGAGAAGCAAAGCUCAUUCUACGCACCCAGAAACUUCAUGACGGUAAGCGCUAUGCCGAGGAACUGGCACGGUUACGACAAGAAGAAGUAUCUGGGUAUAAGCAAGUUAUUUAUGCGGUGAACGCACGACUCACGGAGGUACAGGAGCUCAGCGAAGCCACUCAGACCAAUGCCUGGUCGUUGCCACAAGAUGCUAGCAAGGCAAAAACGUCACUAUGCAUCUACCGCCAUUAAAACAUCUCGGACUUUAUUGUAGUUAUUGCAAAAAAGAAAACGGCAUUGUUGUAGUUACAC